AUGGAUAACAAAUAUAUAGAAGAAUUUGAGCAUUUAGAUUAAGAUUAGAAAAGUUAAAUGUUAAAGAACAUGAAAUAAUUCAUUUUUCAAUUGCAGUUAUAGAUUUAAGAUCUUGAGAAGAGUGCAAUUGAUAUAAUUAUGGAAAAAGAUGAAAAAAUAUAAUAGUUAGAAGCUAUAAUUUAAGCAAAUCAUGGAUCUAGACAAUAUAAUAAAGAUGAUGAAAUUAUGCAACUUAAAAAGUAAAGAAUCUAUUUUAACAUAGUCAUAUCAACGAAUUAAAUUAAAGGAUUGAUGUAAUCUAGAUGAAACAUUUUGAGUAAUUAUAAGAAUAGGAAAGAAAAUGGAACACAUACUUGUUAGAUCAAAUCCAAUAAAGUAGUAAUGAUGGGCAACAAGAAAAAAUAGAAAUGUUAGAAACCUUGCAUUAUUUAGAAGAAAAAGUAUAUUCACUUGAUAGAGAAGUAUUAAAUUCUCAUAUUCUAGUUGGAAAUGAAAGAGAAUUAAUAGAUGUUUGAUAGGAACACAAUCAAUUAGUUAACAAAUAUUAAUUAAUAGUUAUUAGAUGAAAGUUAAGAACUAAACUAACAGUUAAUCAAAAUGUAGAGAUAAAUGGAAUUAAUGAAGGAACAUUUUUAAAAGGAGAAAAAUAGUAUAGAAAUUAAAAUUAAUGUAUUCAUUUCAAUUUAUAAAAGAAAUAAAAUAUCCAAAUAACUUAAAUAUCAAAAUAGGCUUAAUCAUUAAAACUUCAAAAUAAUAAAUUAACAUAAAAUAACAAAGAGCUACUUAAUCAAAUAAAUGAAUUGAAAGAUUAAUUGGAAACUUAUAAUGAAUGUAAAGACAAAGUAUUUUCUGAAAAUUAUUAAUUAUAAUGUACAGCUCAUUCAACUGAUUAAAAUUUAAGAGAAGAUAUCAAUAUAACAGCUUUUGAAUUAUUGGAAGAAAGUUAUGAAGAUAAAGAUCUAACAACACAUUUAAGGAAGGCUUUAGAUGAAAAGUCUGAAUUAUGUAUUUAAUAUGAAGAAUGUCUUCGUUAAUCAACUAAAUAAUUGAAAGAACAAAGAGCAUAAUUACAACUUUUAUAAAAUUAGCUCAAACUUAUAAGAAAAUAAUAGUUUAAUCAAAAGAACCUCAAAGAAUAUAUUUAGAUGUUAGAAAGUGAUUAUUUGGUUUCAAAAUAAUUAUUAUGUGAGAAGGUUGACAAAUAUUAAGAAUAAGUUAUAUUCUUAAGUUAAGAAAAUUAUGAUCUUAAACAAAAAAUAAAAUGUUUCUAAUCUAGAUUACAUAAGAAACUUAACUGA